AUGGGCUCAGACUCACCCUUGGCUCCGAGAGCCUCAAGUGAACCGUAUUAUGACUUGGGAAACUACAGCAUCAAAGUCAGUACCACCUCUACGGAAGCUCAGAUCUGGUUCAGUCGUGCUAUGCUGUGGACAUACUGCUUCAACCAUGAUGAAGCCAUUACAUGCUAUAAACAAGCAAUCGCUCAAGAUGAGGACCUCGCGUUGGCAUAUUGGGGAAUUUCCUUUUGCUCAGGCCCCAACUACAACAAGACCUGGAGGCUGUUUGACGAGAAAGACCGAGUAGAGGCCAUCCAUACAUGCUAUACCUACUCGCAACUAGCUCUACAAAGAAUAUCGAACGCAGCGCCAUGGGAAACGGGUUUGAUAGAAGCACUGAGGUCGCGCUUUCCUGACAACAACCCCGACCGUGACUUGGGAGCCUGCGACAGAGCAUAUGCAAACGCCAUGAGGGAGGUGUACCAAAGAUUUGGCCAGGGAAAUUUGGACAUCACUACUCUAUUUGCCGAUGCACUGAUGAAUGUUGCGCCUCGAAAGCUAUUUGACACGGCCAACGGCCUUCCUAUCACUACAAGUCCUGUAUUUGAGGUCAAGGACCUUCUAGAGGGGGCUUUGCAGAUUACAGGCGUUGAAAGACAUCCCGGUGUCGCCCAUAUGUACAUCCAUCUCAUGGAGAUGUCGGCCACUCCCGAGGCUGCUCUCCCAGCAGCUGACAUGAUCCGCGAUCAAGUUCCUGAUACGGGACACACAUAUCACAUGCCUGCACACAUCGACGUACUUGUCGGUGACUAUCGCCGGGCAGUAGAGUACAAUCUCAAGGCCACAAUUGCAGACGACAAGUACUUUCAGAAAAACGGCGCUUUGACCUUCUAUAGCUACUAUCGGCUACACGACUAUCAUUCUCUCAUAUAUGCUGCUAUGUUGGCUGGAAAGUCCAAAGCAGCACUUGAUGCAACGGAGCGUAUGGAGGCUACUAUCACGGAGAGUCUCCUCCGCGUCGAAACCCCGGCCCUGGUCACUUGGAUGGAGUUCUUCAUGGCAGUCCGUGUCCAUGUGUACAUUCGCUUUGGCAUGUGGGCUGAGCUCAAGGCGCUAAGGCCUCUGGAGGAUAAGAGACUUUACUGUGUCACCAAUGUCAUGAGACACUACGGCAAGGCCAUUGCGCAUGCUGCAACGGGCGAGAUAGAGGAGGCCGACAAGGAACAUGAGUUGUUCAGAGAAGCAUCCGAGCUAGUUCCGCCAACGCGUCUUGACUUUCCUAAUAAAAUCACGGACAUAUUGAAGGUUGCUUCGGCUAUGCUAGACGGAGAGAUCGAAUACAGGCGGGGUAAUUACGAGACAUCGUUUAGGAGACUGAAGGAUGCUAUUUCUCUCGAAGACGACCUCCUCUUUGCAGAGCCAUGGGGAUGGAUGCUGCCAGCCCGGCAUGCAUACGCAGCAUUGUCCCUAGAACAAGGGCAUCUCGAACAGGCUGCUGUUGCAUAUGCAGAGGAUCUUGGCCUUCAGCCUACGCCAAAGCGGGCUCAUCAGCAUCCAAAUAAUAUAUGGGCACUCCACGGCUAUCAUGAGUGUUUGCUUGGGCUCCAGCGCGAUGCGGAAGCCAAUAUCAUUCGGCGGCAAUUGACACUUGCCGCAGCAGAAGCUGAUAUCGAGAUUACGUCGUCAUGUUUUUGCAGAUUCGGGGAGUUACAAAAAGGUAGCAAAGUGAACGGAAAAUCCUGCCAUAAGAAGAGAAAAUGUGAGAAAAUUCGUUGA